AGUGCGGAGGUGCAUCCGAGCCCGAUCUUGCAGUGGUUUCCCUGAAUCGGAGUGACGACGGUGCAAGAGGCCAGCGCUGCUGCAUGCGGCUCUGACUGGCAGUGUUUCCACACGCGCGCGCGCGCAGGAUGAAUCAGACUCCUGGCUGGUUGCGGAGGAGAAGCGCUUUGGCUGAUAAGGAGGCAGAAGGUGAGAGUUGGGAGAAGAACAAUGAGGAGAAACCCAGCGGAGGAUUGAUGGGUAGUGCCAGAUGAAAUAAAAGGAAGCACAGACUAAAAACUGGAGCAAACUGGAAGAACAGAAAGGGAUCACCUGUGUGUGAGCCUAUGCCCACUGCAUACAACAUAAUCACUUCUGAGCCAAGCUUUCAACCUUAGUAGGAAAUGCACAAAGGUGAGAAAUUAUGAAUGUUUGGACUGUGGAAAAAGCUUCAGCACAAGUGGAAAACUUACUUUACACAAAAGAACCCACACUGGGGAGAAACCACAUAAAUGCUUCGAGUGUGGAAAGAGCUUCAGCCAGGCAGGACAUCUUAUUACGCACCAUAGAACCCACUCUGGGGAGAAACCACAUAAAUGCUUCGAGUGUGGAAAGAGCUUCAGCAGGAGUAAAGAUCUUGCUAUAAACCAUAUAAUCCACUCUGGGGAGAAACCACAUAAAUCCUUUCAGUGUGGAAAGAAUUUCAGCAUGAGUGGAGCUCUUAGUAGACACCAUAGAACCGACAAUGGGGAGAAACCACAUAAAUGCUUCGAGUGUGGAAAGAGCUUCAGCAGGAGUGAAGGUCUUGCUAUACACCAUAGAACCCACACUGGGGAGAAACCACAUAAAUGCUUCGAGUGUGGAAAGAGCUUCAGCAGGAGUGAAGGUCUUGCUAUACACCAUAGAACCCACACUGGGGAGAAACCACAUAAAUGCUUCGAGUGUGGAAAGAGCUUCAGCCAGGAAGGACAACUAAUUACACACCAUAGAACCCACUCUGGGGAGAAACCACAUAAAUGCUUCGAGUGUGGAAAGAGCUUCAGCAGGAGUGGAGCUCUUAGUAGACACCAUAGAACCCACACUGGGGAGAAACCACAUAAAUGCUUCGAGUGUGGAAAGAGCUUCAGCCAGGCAGGACAUCUUAUUAUGCACUAUAGAACCCACUCUGGGGAGAAACCACAUAAAUGCUUCGAGUGUGGAAAGAGCUUCAGCAAACGUGGAGCUCUUAGUAGACACCAUAGAACCCACACCGGGGAGAAACCACAUAAAUGCUUAGAUUGUGGAAAGAGCUUCAGCAAAAGUGAAAGUCUUAUUAUGCACCAUAGAACCCACACUGGGGAGAAACCACAUAAAUGCUUUGAGUGUGAAAAGAGCUUUAGCACACGUGGAGCUCUUAGUAAACACCAUAGAACCCACACUGGGGAGAAACCACAUAAAUGCUUCGAGUGUGGAAAGAGCUUCAGCUGGAGUCAAGAUCUUGCUAUACACCAUAGAACCCACACUGGGGAGAAACCACAUAAAUGUUUCGAGUGUGGAAAGAGCUUCAGCAGGAGUGGAGCUCUUAGUAGGCACUAUAGAACCCAUACUGGGGAGAAACCACAUAAAUGCUUCGAGUGUGGAAAGAGCUUCAACCAGGCAGGACAACUUAUUAUGCACCAUAGAACCCACACUGGGGAGAAACCACAUAAAUGUUUAGAGUGUGGAAAGAGCUUCAGCACUGGUGGAGCUCUUAGUAGACACCAUAGAACCCACACUGGGGAGAAACCACAUAAAUGCUUCAAGUGUGGAAAGAGCUUCAGCAGGAGUGAAGGUCUUGCUAUACACCAUAGAACCCACACUGGGGAGAAACCACAUAAAUGCUUUGAGUGUGGAAAGAGCUUCAGCAUGAGUGAAGCUCUUAGUAGACACUAUAGGACCCACACUGGAGAGAAACCACAUAAAUGCUUCGAGUGUGGAAAGAGCUUCAGCAGGAGUCAAGAUCUUGCUACACACCAUAGAACCCACACUGGGGAGAAACCACAUAAAUGCUUCGAGUGUGGAAAGAGCUUCAGCAAAAGUGAAAAUCUUACUAUGCACCAUAGAACCCACACUGGGGAGAAACCACAUAAAUGCUUCGUGUGUGGAAAGAGCUUCAGCAUGAGUGGAGCACUUAGUAGACACUAUAGAACCCAUACUGGGGAGAAACCACAUAAAUGCUUCGAGUGUGGAAAGAGCUUCAGCAGGAGUGAAGGUCUUGCUAUACACCAUAGAACCCACACUGGGGAGAAACCACAUAAAUGCUUUGAGUGUGGAAAGAGCUUCAGCAUGAGUGAAGCUCUUAGUAGACACUAUAGAACCCACACUGGAGAGAAACCACAUAAAUGCUUCGAGUGUGGAAAGAGCUUCAGCAGGAGUCAAGAUCUUGCUACACACCAUAGAACCCACACUGGGGAGAAGCCACAUAAAUGCUUUGAAUGCGGAAAGAGCUUCAGCAGGAGUCAAGAUCUUGCUAUACACCACAGAACGCACACUGGGGAGAAACCACAUAAAUGCUUCGAGUGUGGAAAGAGCUUCAGCAUGAGUGGUGCUCUUAGUAGACACUAUAGAACCCAUACUGGGGAGAAACCACAUAAAUGCUUCGAGUGUGGAAAGAGCUUCAACCAGGCAGGACAUCUUAUUACGCACCAUAGAACCCACACUGGAGAGAAACCACAUAAAUGCUUAGAGUGUGGAAAGAGCUUUAGCACGGGUGGAGCUCUUAGUAGACACCAUAGAACCCACACUGGGGAGAAACCACAUAAAUGCUUCAAGUGUGGAAAGAGCUUCAACAGGAGUGAAGGUCUUGCUAUACACCAUAGAACCCACACUGGGGAGAAACCACAUAAAUGCUUCGAGUGUGGAAAGAGCUUCAUCAAGAGUGAAGAUCUUGCUCUACACCAUAGAACCCACACCGGGGAGAAACCACAUAAAUGCUUCGAGUGUGGAAAGAGCUUCAGCACGAGUGGAGCUCUUAGUAGACACCAUAGAACCCACACUGGGGCGAAACCACGUAAAUGAUUCGAGUGUGGAAAAAGCUUCAGCAAAAGUGAAAAUCUUACUAUGCACCAUAGAACCCACUCUGGGGAGAAACCACAUAAAUGCUUUGAGUGUUGAAAGUGCUUCAGCCAGGCAGGACAUCUUAUUAUGCACCACAGAACCCACUCUGGGGAGAAACCACAUAAAUGCUUCGAGUGUGGAAAGAGCUUCAGCACAAGUGGAGCUCUUAGUAGACACCAUAGAACCCACACUGGGGAGAAACCACAUAAAUGUGUAAGGUCCAAUUGGGAUCAUUUUUACAUUGAAUAAGUGCAUAGAUAGGUUAGCCAUAUUGUAUUAGAUAAAUGCUUGACAUGAGUCUGUUCGCUUGAUACAGUUUAGGCCUUGAUCUUAGUAUGAACCCAUCAGUGAAUGCUGUCAUAAAAGGUGGAUUUCCAAAUCCCACGCAAUGCGUCCAAAUUAGACAUACCAAAUUCUCCCCUCCAGCAAUCUCAAGAAAGCCCCCACCUUCUCUCUCGUCUAAUCUUAGAGACCCAGCCUGUCAACUCAGGCAAACAUCCUCAUUUUUCACUGAAAAGCAUAGUCUAAAAAGUAAGAGUAUGCUAACCACAAACUUCAUGCUUGGAAAGAUUGGUGCUGCCCAGACUCUGUGCCUUUCGGUUCCCUUACGCACAGGCCACCUUUGACCAAUAGUAUUAAAUGUCAAACAGAAGGUCAUGGAAGACCCCUUCCUUGUCCAAUCACUAUUGAUGCGUAGGUGGGAAAGGUGAGGAUACUUAAAACCCUAAUCUGAGGAUAGAGGAGGAACGGCUCUCUCCCUCAGGGAGUGUGGCUCAGGCACAGCACACAGGAGGAGGAAAGGAGGAAGUUGAUCUGAUCAAUCAAUUUAACGGCACCUAGCAUCUAGCAAAAAGAGGAACAAGUCGAGGCUCCCUUGGGGUAUAGUAUAUUGUGACCACAAGGGUCAGUGUCUCAAGGCUGUUAGUUUUAUGACUGCUUUGUGUGAGAGAAGUAAUUUUGCUGCAUGCUGUAUGCUGUGUUUCAUCUGAAUUUUGGUAAGAAAAGAAAUAUGUUUUGAUUAAAUAUAAUCUCUUCACUUCUCCUCAUGUCUUCUUGAGUCUUGGGAUUCUUGACAGCCAGGACCAUCAGAAAGGACCCACGGUCUAUUAAUGUGAGGAUUUUUGGAGCCCUCGUUUAUUCCUGGUUGCAGGGAUUUUGGGGAGUCAAAAAUCUCUUACAUAUUUGGUGUCAGCAGUGGGAUAUUGGGGUUCUUCUGGCUGUUUUGAGUCUUGUGGCUUCAGAGGACACAAAGUCCCCUGUUUCCCCCCCUCCCUCUUGGCUUUCUCCAUCCUUGCUUUCUUCCUCCCCUCCCUCUUCCAACUCUCACUUGCCUCAAGCCUCUUUCUGUCUGUUUGCCUCUUGGUUACUUCUCCCCUUCUAUCAGGAGAAAUCUCUCCCCUUUGGAGAAAUAGAAUCUUCCAUAAGCUCUCUAUCGACCCCUCUCAUCUACUCCUUUUUCCGACCUCCAUCUCUCCUUUCUCUUUAACUCCCCUCCCUUGCUUAAAGUAAAGGUCCGUCUUUUCAACUCUUCCACCCCACCUUAUCCCUCUCUUACAUCUGGUCUGAACUCUUCCUUAGCCGACCUCACUCUACCCACCACAUCCUUCUUGGCUCAUCCACCUCUCUUCCCCUCUCUCCCGUCUUUCACUCCACUUUCCUUCCAUAAACCUCUUUCCCAGAAGAUAUCCUUUCUCUCAUUUUCCCCCUCCCCGGGCGCUCCUGUGUGCGAUCCACUCCUCCUUCCACCCAAUCCUUCCGUCCCUCCUUUUUCUUCUUUUUCAACUAAGCUAACUUAUCUGUUUAUGGGGUUUUGAAUUUGCUUUUUAUAUCUACUCACUGCGGCCACUUUGAAAUUUUUGUUUAUGUGGGUUUUCUUGUAAAUUUGCCCAAACGGGAAAUGGAUACUCAUAUGAGAUUGUAGAAGUUAAAGCUAGAUUCUCUAGACUUAGAGUGACACUAUGCCUUGGAAAGCAUUUUAAUCAACCUGUUGAAGGCUUCGUGUUUUGCUACCCGGGAGCACAUUGCUUUUAAAGCAAUUCCUGGGGAGGUCAUUUUGGCACCUCCUAUCAAGGCCUGUAGUUGUACAAGGCUGUUGAGUACCUCAUAGUAUAGUUUAUUUGUGUCAGCGGU